AUGAGUAAAAUGCAGAGUGGAAAAAAUGGAUUAAAUUCUAGAAAACUAGAUAAAUCAGAAUUUUAAGAAAAGAAAACUUAAGAACAGCUAUUGAAAUAAUAGUAAAAAGCCUCGAAAGUUAUUCAGGAAGCCAUAUAAAAUGAAUAAUAAGAGAAAUGA